UCAAGUUCUAGUCCCCCGUUGGAAAAUCUCAGUCCACAUCCUACAUUCUCGAGUAUUUCCUCUCUCUAUAUUAUCCACAAUCUCAAUUCGACUCGGCCUCUGCUUAAAACCACCAGAUUUUUCAGAUUGGAGAGAGAAAGCGAGGGAUGGAAAUGGAGUGAAAUAAUUUUAAUUUGUGGGGAAAUUUGAUUUUUGUGAGGCAGAGAACAGAGAGUAGAAUUACAGUCUCUCUACAAGCAAACGAGCGAUUUGGUUCUCUAUCUAGAACACUUGGAACACUGGCAGCACUACAAUGGCUCUCCCUCAGCUAAUUCCCUCCUCUUCCUCUUCGUCUCUAUCCCAGAAACCCAUUCUAAAUCCCAACACCAUUUCAUCUUCCUUAAACCCUAGCCCUAGAUUCUUCUCUCCGGCCGCCCUUCGCCACCGCCGCUACAAGCCGAAUCCGCUUAAGUGUUCUGCUUCGUCUUUCCCGGAAAAGCACCACACCGGUUCUCCGAAAUCCGAUGACGUCGUUGAGCUACCGCUGUUUCCUCUUCCUCUCGUUCUCUUCCCCGGCGCUAUUCUUCCUCUGCAGAUCUUCGAGUUCCGCUACCGGAUGAUGAUGCACACUCUGCUCCAGACCGAUCUCCGCUUCGGAGUUAUUUAUACGGAUGCGGUUUCGGGUACGACGGAUGUUGGAUGCGUCGGUGAGGUCGUCAAACACGAGCGCCUCGUUGACGACCGAUUCUUCCUCAUCUGUAAGGGUCAAGAGCGGUUCCGUGUCACCAAUCUUGUUCGGACGAAACCGUACCUCGUCGCCGAAGUGACCUGGCUUGAAGACCGGCCGACCGGCAGUGGAGAAGAGGAUUUAGAUGCAUUGGCCAACGAGGUUGAAUCGUAUAUGAAGGAUGUGAUUCGGUUGUCGAACCGACUCAGUGGGAAGCCGGAGAAAGAGGUUCAAGAUUUGAGAAGGAACUUAUUCCCAACUCCGUUCUCGUUCUUCGUCGGAAGCACUUUUGAAGGUGCGCCGAGAGAGCAGCAGGCGUUGCUUGAAUUGGAGGAUACGGCGGCGAGGUUGAAAAGGGAGAAGGAAACAUUGAGAAACACUCUUAAUUACUUGACCGCCGCUUCCGCUGUUAAAGAUGUGUUCCCGUCCACCAGUUGAAAGGGAAGUCCAAGAAGUUUCCGUGGAAAGAGAUUAAGCUAGAUAAUUGAAGCAUAAGGUAGCAAAUUGGAGGUACUAAUGCUUAAUUUUGCUUGCUUUUACACGUAUUUUAUACAGAGGACGGAUGUUGUUAAAGCUGUAAAUUUUGAUAUAUAAUUGAAUUCGCUUCAUCUGGUGUACCAUUGCUUACACUCUUGA